AUGUCAAUAGGAUUUUCAACAGUUAGAAGACUUUGGGACAUAAAAAUACAGCAAAAGAGAGUGCUGAGGCUUGCUACAAUUCUAGGUCAAACAGACAAGUCAUGGUUGGGUACAAUCGAGGACAAAGAGGAAGCUAAAGAAGAUGGGCUGCAUUCCCGUCCUACUUUAUCUUCUGAGAUUCCACUAAUUUCAGCAGCAAGAAAUGGGAUCACAGAGAUUGUAGAGGUUAUUCUCAAACGGUUUCCUCAGGCAAUUGAGCAUAGAAAUGAACGACUUGAGAACAUACUUCACAUUGCAGCAAGAUAUCGAAGGAAAGAAAUCUUGGAUCUUCUACAAUAUUUGCAUGUUCCAACGCUGAGGCUUAAGAGGUCGAUCAAUGUCGAUCUUGAAACCAUUUUGCAUCAAACUGCGUACUUGGGUGAGCAUCGGUUGAGGGAUAGGCCUGGGGAAGCCCUCCGCAUGCAGUCAGCGAUUCAAUGGUUCAAGGUGCUAUUCUUGCCUGCAUUUCCCUAG